AUGACGUGUAGCUCGUAGCUCACCAACUUGCAGCAGCAGCAGCAGCUAGCUUGUCAGACGAGACAGCGACAGCGAGUUCAUACCGACAGACACAAUGAGAGCUACUCUUUGAGUGUAUAUACAGAAACAAGACGAGCGUACAGUCAUUGAGCACUUGACAACGCCACGGACUGAUACUUUAUGGAAGUUAAUAUGCUGUAGCAGAAUGGAAUUACCAUUACAAGCUUGUUUUGAGUGGUACUGCAUAAGGACGCGGCUCUGUUUCAGCCCUCAGAACAAGGAGCCAUAAACUCCAUGCGUCACGUGACGUCACUUAUUCUCCAGAAAUUGCACUCAAAAAGAGACACUUAAAGGACAGACAUGUUUGCCAAGUUGAAGAAGAAGAUCGCAGAGGAGGCAGCCACAGCACCUCGGAGUGGUGUUCGUAUACCACGCACCAUCAGCAAGGAAUCCAUCACCUCAAUGGGGGCAGACUCGGGGGAUGACUUUGCAUCCGAUGGCAGCAGUUCCAGGGACGACCUGCCCGCACAGCUUCUCAGAAGGAAUGAUCAGAUCCGGAAGCUGGAGGCCAAGCUAUCAGACUACGCUGAGCAGCUACGAAUUAUGCAGAAGACCAAGGACAAGCUUGAGAUUGCAUUAGAAAAGCAUCAGGAUUCAUCCAUAAAGAAGCUUCAAGACCAGAAUGAAACUCACCAGGCCAGCAGAGCCAAAAUGGCAGAGGGGAUGGUUUUAGCACUGGAAAAGAAGGAUCAGGAAUGGAUGGAGAAGAUGACUGAUGUGGAAAAGGAGAAGGCUUCCAUGUCAACCCGUAUAGAGGAGAUGAUGGAGCAAAGCUUAGCACUCUUCCAGAAAAGGGAUGACCUGGAUGAACUGGAGGGCUUUCAGCAGCAGGAGCUCGCUAAAGUUAAACACAUGUUGCUGAAGAGGGAGGAGCAGCUGAGCCAGCAGGAUCAGGAGCUCCAGCAAAAGGAGGCUGAAAUUCAGUCGGCAAAGCGAGGGCUGUCCGAGGCUCGAGGGAAACUCCAGACUCUGGAACAGCAGCACGAGGAGAGCUGCAGUCUCAACUCUGAGCUUGAAAUAGAGCGAGAGGAACUGCUGCUGCUCAGAGAGGAGGCAGACCAGAAGAUCGGUGAGUUGGAGAAACGAUGCCAGGAGCUGCAGUCAGUCGUCCACCAGGUGUCUGAAGACUUCCAGAAGUCACAGAGUACGGCGUCAAAUUUAGAGAGAUCCCUCGGGGAAUUACAGACUGAACAUGACGCCCUGAAGCUGCAACAACAAAAGGCCGCUGUAACGGAGGAGGACAAGGAGCGCUUGUUAGCGGACCUUCAGAAGAAAGUGACGUCUCUGGAGAGACGGCUACAGGGGGACCUGAGCCAGGACGAGCAUCUACAGGAGCUUCUCGAGGAGAAGUCCAGCCUGGAUCAAAGUUUGGAAGAGACCAGAGCAGAGCUGGUCUUGGUUCGGACAAACCAUGCCGAUACUGUCAGCUCUCUGGAGACACAGGUAUCCAGAAUGAGCUGCAGCAUUACUGAGCUGCAGACCCUUCUCCGACAUAAAGACGACUCCUCCAGAGCCUACAGAGAGAGAACAGACACACAAAUAGCUAAUUUGGAGCAGAAAGUCCUAGAAACUAGUGAGAGACUGAAGAGUGCAGAGCAUCAGAUCACAGAGAAACAGCAGCACAUGGAUAAGCUGCAAGGAGAGUGGAGUGCGGAGAAGGCCUUUCUGGAUCAGCAGGUGUGUUUGCUACAGCAGCAGAGUCAGGAGAAGGCCAGCCGCCUGGAGGAAAGCAUCAACUCUUUACAGACAGAAAGACAGACGCUGCAUGACAGGAUUACGGAUCUGGAUAAGCAGAGGGGCGAGGCAAACGUCACUCUAAGCCAGCGGACAGAGCAGCUGGAACAGUGCCGGGCGGACCUCGACAGUCGGCAGACAGUGAGCACGGAAAUUGCCCAUGCUCUUGAGGAAACCAGACGACAGAAGGAAGACUUUCAAACACAGGUUGGAGAGCUGAACACAUCUCUACAGACCUCACAGCAGGAACUGUCCAAUGUCACUGAGAAGCUAGCACUGAGAGAGGAAGACGUCAAAACACUCCAGAAUGAGGUGCAGUGUCGGCAGGCAUCACUGGUCCAGCUACAGGAGGAGUUGGAGCUGCAGCGAGCCCAGCUGGAGCAGAUGGAGCUGGACAAAGAUGCCCAGCUGAUCAGCCUGAGGGAGGAGCUGCUCAGCCAGACACAGCAGCUAGAUAGCUGCCAAGCACGGAUCUCAUACCUGGAGGUUGAGGUGGAAACGUUGACAGAACAGCUUCACAGCCCUGAAGUGUGCGAGGAGGAUCAGAACGGCAGCGUGACCGUGUAUGAUCUGGAUCACAUUCAGAAGAUCAACAGAGAGCUAGAGCAGCAGCUCACCGACAAGAACAGGACCAUCAAGCAGCUGCAGCAGAGACUGGCAGAACUGAGGAGGACGCUGCAGAAGGAACUGAAGCUGAAGCCUGAGCCAGAAGCCGAAGGGAAGGAGAAGUUUCCAGAAAGCCGAGCAGAAAAACAAGAGAGGCUUUUUACAGACCUGCUGCCAGCAUCCAACCUGAGCCCCCCGACCUCCAAAACCACGGUGACCAACACCUCAGACCUCAAUGACUCACGAGAAAUCAACUUUGAGUAUCUCAAACACGUUGUACUCAAAUUCAUGUCCUCCAGAGAGGCCGAGGCAUUCCAGCUAAUACGAGCUGUAUCUGUGCUGCUGAACUUCACUCGAGAGGAAGAGGACAUGUUGAAACAAACUCUGGAGUACAAGAUGUCCUGGUUUGGCUCCAAGCCUUCUCCAAAGGGUACCAUCCGGCCUUCAAUCUCAGGCGCUGCGACUCCCUGGAGCUGAUGAGCAGCA